AUGUAUACCAUUGGUUCUAGAGCCAGUCUAGAAGUCCUCAUUGAAGCUGAGCUGGCCGCUUCCAGCACUGAACUCCUCAUACGAUGGGAAUUGGACCUCAGCACGGGGCAAAAAGAAGUUCUUGUCAAACAUACCAACGGACUCAUCGUCGGCCCUUCUCUUAGUUCCUGCGUUGAAAGGCAUUGUGGUCAUGUUCAUUUGAGGUGCACCCCAUUCACUGACAUUCAGGCCAGACUGGAAGGUCAGACCGUCAUUGGACAAGGAUGGAGGGGCAUCCAUUCCACUUGGCAAAGCCACUCUGUCGAAAGUUUGAGGACGGCUGAAGUACUGUGGAUCAUAGGACAAAUGGGAGUUGUCUCUCAGAGCAUAUCCAUCAGCGACGGCUUUACGGAUUCUCAUACCCAAAGUUGCCAACGAAGCAACGUCAGGGUUAACAUCCUGGGGCUGAGAUGCCCUGUUCAUUUGUCUUUUAACCGAUGGGUUCUCCAUAGUUUCGAGUUUAAGAUGGUAAAUUCUAGACAAAAAGCAGAAAGAGUCAGGAUCUAG